AGAUGCAAUUAUUCGGUGUGGCUCGGCACCAUUCCCUCCAUGGACCUAAUCAUCUUCGAGGUCCCCCCGAAGAAUGUCCUCCUCACCAACGCCGACGACGGGUGGCGAGGCCGCAUCUGGCUCCGGACCCACUGCACCACCAACAGCUCCGGCGGCUUCUCGUGCCUCACCGGGGACUGCCACUCGGGGGUCGAGUCGUGCGACGGCAAGUUGGCGGAGGCCCCCGUUACACUCCUGGACUUCACCAACUUCAGCAACAACGACACCCUCUACGUCUACGCCGUCAACUUGCUGCAUGGCUUCAACGUGCCCGUCGUGGUGCAACCCCAGGGGGGGCCGAGCCCAUGCCAGGCCACGGGGUGCCCGGAGGACAUCAAGAAGGUGUGCCCUGUGGAGCUCCAGGUGACGGACACGAAUGGGUUCACGAUCGCAUGCGAAAGCGAGUGUGAUAAGUAUCAUGAUCCCAAGGUUUGCUGCAUCGAUGAGUAUGGGAGUCAAGACAAGUGCCAUCCUUCGGGGCAGGCAGACAUGUUCAAGAGGGCAUGUCCUCUGGCCCAUACUUGGACCUACGAUGGUGGUAUCUUCUCAUGUGCUGGAGCUGAUUUUAACAUUACAUUGUGCCCCUAAACUAGCUAGGUUUUAAGUGGAAGGCCGUGGAGGGCUUAGAUCAUGCAUGUCCACUAUAGCUUUAUUUUUGGCUAAUUAAUUAGUGCGAGAUUAAAUGGCAUAACAUAUUAAGAUAAA